GCCCAAUCAACAUUGAUACAUGAUCGCGUACAGCAGCACAAGAGCUCAUCACCAGCUCAAGAAGGGGGCUGAGGUGAUGAUGCUCUCUGCUGAGCUGAUGUGCAACUGGAUUGCCAGUCUUGAGAGAGCCAACGAGGCAGCAUCAGCACAUAAACAACGUAAGAAAAGUGUACACAAAAGCAAGGGGUCUUAGCAAAGGGAGCUGGUGAGGAUAUACUUGCUCAACAUGAGGCUGAUGGGCAGAUUACUCAUGAGAGGCGUCAGAGAGGAGAGCAAUCAGGCCUUAGCCGCCAGGCUCUGGCGCGCAGUACAAUGUGUAGAGAGACUGGC